AUGGAAAAGUUAUUCGAGGUUGCCAGCACUCUAGGUGUGAUCGACGUGCUUGUCCAAGCUGCAGGAAGCACGACCACUGGGGUUGUCGGAGACCUUGAGCCGAAGGCACAAUCCAAGGACUACAAGCUAGCUCGUCAUGCACAAUUACCUGAAGUCCUCCACGACGGAAUGAGCAUCUACUCCGGAAGGAAGCUAGCAUUUUUGAAGCUGGUCGAAUUUCGGGAAGCCGAGAGGCCUGACCUCCGUGUCUUCACCGUGCAUCUUGGUAGCAUGGUUGUGACUGAGACGAAUUGUGGAGCUAUGGUGGAUGCUUCGACACCGUUCGCAAAGGACAAGGGCAUACAGACCGGAGGACUUUCGCUAUAUCUCGCCCAGAAGAGAGCAGACUACCUUAGAGGCAGCUUCAUCAGUGUCAAUUGGGAUGUGACAGAGAUGGGAGCUCACCAAGAGGAGAUCAAGGAGCAGAAGCUACUCAAACUUGCUUUUCUUGGUGCGAAACUCGAGCCAGAUGGCCAUCCAUGGUCGUCCUGAGAAAGGCCUGAGAUUGUGCAGGUGCGGGUAGAGAAAUGAGGCUGUACUAGGAGGAUUUUGUUGAGACUCGAGGUCGUGCUGUGGUAGUGAAUCCCUUAGGCGCGCAGUGCAGGACCCUGAGCAAAUGAUCUCGAGUCAACAAGGUGCAGGUCUCUUAACAACGGUCUACGCACAGGCAUCUACUCGACACCUUCUGCCGUCAAAUUUCAAGCUCUG